GCCUUCUCCUUCCUCCCAUCUCGGGUUGAUGCCGCCCCUGUGCCGCAGCCUUGGAUUUGGAGAGGGGUCGGGGCUCCGGGAUUCAUGGCUUUCCUCCCCAGUGAUGAGCUCCAGAACGCGGCCACCAAGAGACUUUAUUCGAGGAUGGAAGCCUCUUGCCUGGAGCUUGCCCUGGAAGGGGAGCGGUUGUGCAAAGCGGGAGACUUCAAAGUGGGAACAACCUUCUUUGAAGCUGCUGUCCAGGUGGGAACAGAGGAUCUAAAGACCCUGAGUGCCAUCUACAGCCAGCUGGGAAAUGCCUACUUCUACCUAAAAGAAUACUCCAAAGCCCUCGAGUAUCACAAGCAUGACCUCACCCUGGCCCGGACCAUUGGGGAUCGCAUUGGUGAAGCCAAGGCGAGUGGUAACCUAGGAAACACCCUCAAAAUCCUGGGCCAGUUUGACGAAGCCAUCGCCUGCUGCCAGAGACACCUGGACAUCUCUCAGGAGCAAGGAGACAAGGUCGGGGAAGCCAGGGCACUCUACAACAUUGGCAACGUUUACCAUGCCAAGGGGAAGCAGCUGUCAUGGAGUGCAGCACAAGAACCUGGCCAGCUACCUCUGGAGGUCAGGGAGACACUACAGAGAGCUUCAGAAUUCUACGAGAGGAACCUUUUCCUGGUAAAGGAGCUGGGAGACCGGGCGGCCCAGGGCCGGGCCUAUGGCAACCUUGGCAACACCCAGUACCUGCUGGGCAACUUCAGUGAGGCCACAGCCUUCCAUAAGGAGCGCCUGGCCAUCGCUAAAGAAUUUGGAGACCGAGCAGCCGAGAGGAGAGCUUACAGUAACCUGGGCAACGCACACAUCUUCCUGGGGAGGUUUGAUGUCUCCGCAGAAUAUUACAAGAAAACCCUCCAGCUGUCCCGACAACUUAAAGACCAAGCAGUUGAAGCUCAGGCCUGCUAUAGCCUCGGAAACACUUACACUCUCCUGCAGGACUUUGAGCGAGCCAUCGAAUACCACCUCAAGCAUCUACAGAUAGCCCAGGAGCUGAGGGACAGAGUGGGAGAGGGCAGGGCAUGCUGGAGUCUUGGAAAUGCCUAUGUGUCCCUGGGCAACCACGCACAAGCCCUGAACUUCGCCAAGAAGCAUCUAGAGAUCUCUCAGGAGAUUGGGGACAGCAACGGGGAGCUCACAGCCCGGAUGAACGUCGCCCAACUCAAGUCCGCCCUGGGACAGGACGGCGGGGAAGGGGCUGAGGAUGGGCAGUCACAGUAUGCUGGCUAUGAAGCUCAGGGCGCCAGACCUAAAAGGAUACAGAGGCACAGUAUGGACAGUUUGGAUUUACUGAAGCUCCCCUUGGAAAAGGACCAGAAUGGAGACAGCCAUCACCUGGAAGGUCUAAAGAUGACAGGGAAGGACUUCCUGUCCCUCCCUGGGAGAAGCCAAAAGUAUCAGGAGAGUCCCCCCGGCUUGGAAAGGAAGCCCCAGGAUGGCACUCACUCCCCUUUGGACGCCAAUGAUGUCCAGGUCCACGUUCCUCAGACGAAAAUCAAGCGGGCCCCUUCCGAUGAGGAAUGCUUCUUCGACCUCCUGAGUAAAUUUCAAAGCAACCGGAUGGACGAUCAGCGCUGUACGCUGGAAGAAAGCCAGACAGGGGCAGCGGAAGCUGCGGCCACUCCGAACCCAGAGGACAGAAUAUCUCAGUCUUCCCUGAUGGCGUCUCCCCAGACGGAGGAAUUUUUUGACCUCAUUGCCAGUUCCCAGAGCCGCCGGCUGGAUGACCAGCGUGCCAACGUGGGUAGCCUCCCCGGCCUGCGGAUCACCCACAACAACCUAGGCCACCUGCGGGUGGAGGGGGACGCUCAGGAGCCCGGUGAUGAAUUCUUCAACAUGCUCAUGAAGUGCCAGUCAUCCCGGAUCGACGAGCAGCGCUGUGCCCCCCCGGACGCCAUCGCCCGGGGCCCCACCAUGCCCGACGAAGACUUCUUCAGCCUCAUCCAGAGGGUCCAAGCCAAGCGGAUGGAUGAGCAGAGGGUGGACCUGGCCUCCAGCCAAGAGGAGGAGGAUGACGAGGAGGAGGAGGAGAGUGGGGAAUCUCAGGCCCCACAACAGCGGAGGCCCAGUGCCAGCUAAGAUUCCCCCCACUACCCGCCCCAUGGAACAGCAACAAAGACACCCCAAAGACAUCCAGAUGGCUCCAAGACCUUCCAAGACCUUCCUGGUACUCCCCUGCUGAGGAGCCCCUGAGCACGAGGCAUGUUUAGACCCACCCACUUGCCCGGCGGUCACCUCCUCGGUGCCGUAUCUUGGGAUCUUGGAGAAGCGGAGGAUCCCCUGUAGCUUUGUAUCCCCCGGCGGGGGUGUCGUGUCUUGCUGAGGGCAGCUACCAACACCGCUCAGGCAUAUCUGGGGUCAGAGGCGGGCCGGAUGGAGCUUAAGUUAAGAGACAUCAGAGCAACAAUUAAUCGGCUGACCCUGGGCAGUGGAGGGACAUUCCCCUUCCCCCGCACAACACCCCUUCCCACACGCCCGAAGGAAUUUUGCACCCUCCCCACUCUGUCCAGUGCCCGAGUGCACUGGGGAUGUUCCAUCUCCCUCCCCUUUUCUUCAGUGAUUAGAACAGAAGAGUGUCCCAGGCAAGCCGGCAGCCAGGAUUUUCUUGGAACUCUGCCCACACCUGACCAGGGAACACCCUCCCACUUUCCCUCGACACCCAGACUACGGCAGAUCUGGCAUGGGACCGCUGGCACUAGUCUCUCACUUCCACGUCCCAACCUGAAAAAUAGCAAUGUGGCAUCACGCCCUUCAAACUUCCUGCCGUGCCCCGCACGGCGUGCCCUUAGCCCGCAGAGCUCCUCUCCUGUGCCCGAUAGAAUGUGAAACUUCCAGGGUCACUGCACCUGCCACGCUGAAGCUGGGGAGUGUUUCCCUUUGGGGGAAAGGAUGCUUUAAGCAUGCUACCUGAGGAAUCCCGGGCUAGCUCCAUGGCUAGUGUUUCUGUGGCCCGGGAUCCAUCUGCCACCUCUCCAAGUCUCGGGUCCAACUCCAGUGAGGCUGCAGCUGCUUUCUCGAUGGCAGCUAUUUUGAUGGAUUUUUGCACCUGGGAUAAUCCCAGGCCCAGAGAGGUUCCUAUAUGUGAAACAGCGGCCGCAGCCGCACAUAAGUAAUAGACCAGAGGGCCUAGAAAACAGUACCCCUCCCCCUGAACCCCAACCCAUGCACCUAGAUCAAGCCUGGGGCGGGCAGCUUCCUGGUGCUCUACAGAAAGGAGAGGGAGCUAAGCCAACUGGGCUGUCCAUCCAUUUUUUGGAAGAAAUCUGAAAGCUUCAAUCUGAAUGUGAAACAAAAGAAGUGUCCUCUUUCAGUGGUCCUUUUUUUUUUUAAGUGUUUGGAGAGCAAAGCUGAGCAUAAACUUCCACAAAUGUUUCAACGCUAAAGUAAUAAAUCUGUGUGGACAGUUUUAAAGCAGAGGAAUGCAGAUCAAGUAUGUGUUUACCAGUCCGCAAAGCUUUCCGGAGCUUCUGUAACUUUCAAAGCUGGGAGGGCGGGGACGGGGGUAACUUAUUUGAA